AUGGUGAAGAAAAAGGAGACGAAAAACUGUAAAAAUAAACCGAAAGACAAAAAUACGCCCAAAGAAAAUGGUAAACCUGAAGAAAAAGACAAACCAGAACACAGGAAGAAAACCACAAACAGGAAGGCGCCACGCACCACUCUCCACCGGGUGUGCACCAGAGUGCUGCCACGCUGCGCGACGCGCUUCCUCUUCAGCGGGCCGAAGGAGUUCCCGGUUACCAAGUUUAUGAUGGGAAUGGGCUUCGGAGCGCUCUUCGGCAUCGGAGUCUGUGCUCUGGGCUGGGGAUUCUCCUCGCAGUUCCGCUGCUCAAUCCUGCUGAUUGCUCCCAACAUGCUGGGAGCCGAGGGCCGUGCCUACACCAUGGUGUUUGUCCUGGCGGGGCUCUAUCACGGUCCCAUAGCCAAUAUUAAUAACAAUGUGCAGGAUGUCGCUUACUCGAUGGGCUGCACUGUGGAGAUGCAGGUGAAUCACAGCAAGCAGAUGUGGAGAGUCAUGAUGGACCCCUUCAAGCAGAUGGUUCAUGACAUGGUGGAAGGGAAGAAGGAUUUUGAGAAGGAGUCGAAGGAGGUUCAGGCUAAGUUCAGUAUGAUAAAUGAGCAGGUGAUGGGAGAGUAUGGAUACAGCAAUCUGACCUCUGAAGCUGUAAAGAAAGAGAAGACCACCCAAGAACGCUUUGACAUUAAAACCAAGCUCCGCUGUGAAUAUGUAGUAGAAGAAGGAGUGUAUCGCUGUAAGGGGUGGUUUAAACUCAAAUGGAAGCAGUGCAUGGAUACCAUCAAAGUCCCCAUCAUAAACCACAUUCUCUGCAUACCAAUGACCUUCGACUUUCUCUGCAACAUCAUGAAACUUAUGACGAAAUGGUGCAAGGACAAGAUUCCUGUUGAGGGGAACUUUGGUCAGACCUACGAUAUGCUGAACGACUCUGUUGAGCACAUGGGGGAUGAGUUCAGUUCCUCGAUGGUAGUGAAGAAAACUGAGCAGGAAUCUCUCGUUGGAAUGAAGUUUAAUAAAGCACAGAUCACUGAGGACCUGAAAUUGAAGCUGAACAAUAAGAAAACUCUGCUGAACAACGUGAUGGGUUUCAUUCAGGUCCUGCUCUCCUGCACCUUCGUUUUCAUCUUCAUCUCGGCCUUCGGAUACAGCAAUAAAUACAACAGAGAUAUCCGCUUUGACAAUAUCUAUAUCAACACCUACUUCAGACAGAUAGACGCACGCAGGAAGAAGCUGGGUAAACGGCACCUGCUUCCCUUCAAGAAAGCGGAGCGCUGUGAUUUCAUCUUCCCCUGGAGCCUCUCCAUGCAUGCCAGCGAGAUCAAGAUUUUCAUGAUGAGUAUGCUGCAGAUCAUCCCACUGGCUAUCUUCAUUGGGACCCUGCUAGCUAUCGACUGGUCCCUCUAUAAAAUCUUUAGGGUGAUCCGGAAGCACUCGUACACAGAGUACUCCUUCAGCAGCAGUCACCACAUUGAGAUCACAGUUGGAGGCCGGUCCAUGUUAGCUACUCUCCUGCGCAAGACCAUUGGAGCUUUUAACACAUCCUCCAAUUUAGAAAUCAAAACAAACAACUUGCGCUGCCUGCCUGACCCCCAGGCUAUGAGCCGCUCUGACUACCUGUGGACCACCCUGCCCAUUCUGGCCAUGACCCUGCUGUGCUGCCUGCAGGUCUACACCAGCCGCCUGCGCCGGGUCAUUGCCUCCUUCUACUUCCCCCAGAGGGAGAAGAAGCGCACCCUGUUCCUGUACAAUGAGCAGAUCCGCAAGAGAAUCACAUACGUGGAGACGCAGCGUAAGAGGAUCAUGAUGAGAGCGCGCGUCGGGAGGGUCCUGGCUCGCUCAGUGAUGGGCUCUCUGUAUCGCUGGUCCCCGUGUCUGCGUUGCUGUGUGCGUCGGCGCUGUUUCGUGUGCUCGGAGGUGCAGAGCAGGCUGUCCUUCGUGUGUCCUGCGGAGAGCUGUGGCACUGUGUACUGCAGGCAGUGCUGGAAGGACAUGCGGCAAUUCUGCUUCGCCUGCACCUCCUUCUCCGAGUUCAUCUCCGACGACGGGGACAGCGAGUACGACAUGAAAUACGCACAUUAAAAACAAGAAGAUACCGCAAUCUCACCACACUGUCACAUAGUUAUACUAUACAUCUCCCAUAGUUUACCCUGGUUUGCCAUGUUUAUUAAUAUGCUUUAUCAUGCCUCGCUGUUCUUUACAAUGCUUGCCGAUGCUUUACCCUGCUUUCACUGGGCUGUAUUACACUUUGCUGGGCUUUUACUAUGGGACUGCUUUCUAAGGGUUAUUGUGGGAAACAUUUAUUACAGAAUAUUCACAGACAAACACACACAGACAAGUCCACAGACACACACACACGUUUAUAAUGAAUUGCUUUCAGUUUUUGAAGUGUAUUGUAGAAAUGUCAUCUCUGCAAUU